AUGAUCAUAUUUUAUGACGUUUACUCAUUGGAUGACAUGUUAUCAAUCAACAUUGAACAUGUCAAUUUCGCUCAUCCAAUAUCUCAGAAACAGUUCAACCAAUUCCUCAAGCACUGGAUACGUGGGUCUAAUCCAAGACUUCAGGACAUGGCUCUAUCAAUCAAUACAACUGAUUUCGUCAGAGGAAAAGUGUAUUUGAAUGGGAUCAAAUGCAUAGAAAUGAGUGAAAAGACAAAAAGAAAAAUGAGUGAAGAUUACUUCCAGCCGCUUUUUGAUGAUAUAAUCCAGAUUAGACGGAAGGAUGGUACAGCUGCAGUUAUUGGGACCCACAAAUUUGAGGAUAUUCUCGAUAUCCGCUUCGUUGUGUUGCACUAA